AGUCAAGAAUGUUUUGAUUUGACAUUUUCCAAAACACCUAUACCAGAUAUUGAGAAACUAUCAGGACCUUCACUAUUAGAAGCUGCAGUUCCUAGACAAGAGAAAAUGAAAACUGAGAAAGAUCAGAAACCAACUCAAAUGCGGAUGAACCAGUUUUUAAGAGAAGUUUUCCUAAGACCAUCCUUUUCCCCAGCUUCUGUUACACAGGCUCCAUUCAAAUAUCUUUAUAAUCCACAAAACCAUUAUAAAAUGGCAGAAACUAGAAAGCCCAAGAGUGACAAAGGAUCAACAAAAAAAUUCAAGGAAAAAAUAAACUCAAGUGCAAUGACACUAGAAUCCAGGAAACCUGAAAUAAUAGACAAGACAGAAAAAGUUCUGUUAAAAUCAUCACAUAAAACUGAACUACUUAAGGAGUCAACUUUCACAUCAGAAACAAAUUCUGAUCUGAAACAAAUUCUGAUGUGUGAAACAAAAUCCAUCAAUUCUAAGGAAACCUUGGAAAUGGAUUCAAGAAUUGAUUACCAUUCAAUGGAUUCCCAGAUCAAUGAUGAAGCCACAUGUUGCAUGGACAAUCCCAAUACAGACCCCAAGAAGACCUUUGAGGAUUUUUCUGCUAGCGUAUCAGAGUGCAUAAACAGCUCAAAUAUAGAUUUAGUGUUGCUUCUAAAUGAGGUCAGAGCUAAAUCUACAAAUUUUGAUGAAUGGUCAAAAAAUUACUCACAGAACAAUGCAAAAAAACCUUUAAAAAAGGGUGGAAAGAAGGAAAAGGGCUCAGAUCCUGAUUCGGGAGAGUCAAAAGAUGCAAAGAAAGAAGGAAAGAAAAAAGAGAAGAAAGAAACAAAGAAAAAGGAUAAGGAGUAUACUGAUGGUGAAUCUGGUGAUUCUAAGGAUGGAAAGAAAGAACCAAACAAAAAUAAAAAAGAAAAAAUGGAAGUUAAAGAAAAGGAUACAGAAUCCACUGAUGAUGAAUCUGGUGACUCCAAAGACUCAAGGAAAGAAAAGAGGAGUGAGUACAAAAUAUAUUCAGGAUCUACUGACGCUGAAUCUACAGACUCAAAGGUAACGAGGAAGGAAAAGAGAAGUGUAAAGAAAGAUGACAAAAAGGGUUCAUUCUAUUCUGAUUCUGAAACAGAUGCAGAGUCCAAGAAAGUCAAAAGAGAUGGAAAGAAUGGAAAUAGAGGGAUAUGGAGGAAGCCUGUUAAGGGUAGAGAGUCUACUGAUGCUGAUUCUGAAUCUGAAGGUGAUCCAACAGGUAUGAAAGGUGAAAAGAAGGACAAGAAAAUUACAAAGAAAGGAGAAAAGAAGGCUGCAAUGAAGAAUGCAGAUUCUACUGCAAGUGGGUCUGAUUUUGAAGUAAAGAAGGAAAAGAAAAAGGCCUCAAAAGAUACAAUAAAGAGCUUAGUGAGUUAUACUGAUUCAGGAUCUGAUUCAUCUUCCAGGGAAGGCACAAGUAAAAUUGUAAGGCCCUCAGAUACUGAAUCUGAGGAGUCAUCAGGGUUAACAGUUAUGAAGACCACUGAUGAUUCAGACAUCACAUCUACUGACUCAACGAAGGAAAAAUUAGAAGUAAAGAGAGGAUUCAGAAUAUCAUUCAAAAAGACAACUUUCAGAGAAAAGGGGAAAAGAAGUGUGGCUGGUAGAAUCCAUUCAUCAAGAGAAAGACUUGUGCUACCUCCUUGUGAGCCUGUUAAAGCAUCAUCUAAGCCCAAACCUGUCUGUCAGUGCAAGGCAUCAUCUCCACCUCCAAAACCAAGAUAUGCUCCUUUGGUAUGUUUACUACCAUGUAACACAUAG